AUGGCUGGCCCUCUUCGAUUCAUGGCGGCAAGCCGUUGGUUGCGCUUGGUCGGGGCUGCCAAUAAGGGCACUAGUGCUUCACAUCCAUAUCCGCCCUCUUCCGUAUCUGGCUUGCUUCGACGUCAUCAAAGCAGUGGCGGCUUUUCGAAUGCAUGGCAAAGCGUCGAUAACGCAGAUGAACUAGUAGAAGAGGCUGCGACUCCUCCAAAUCCUCUUGAUUAUCUCUUGGGAUUUGACUCGGUGCCGGCAACCAAACACUACAAGGAAGCUCUGUUGCAAGCCUGUGAACUAACAGAAUCCCAUCAACUUUUGGAAGUAGGAUGUGGAACUGCAACUCAUAUUCCUCAGUAUGCACAAGCUGUGGGAGCUUGUGGUCAUGUCACAGCCAUUGACAUUUCACAGGAUUUGAUUGAACGAGCCAGGGCAGCCUUCCCAAAAAGCAAUGUCAACAGCAAUUUCACAUUCCAAGUGGCCAAUGUUUACGAGUUGCCCUUUUCAUCGCGGUCCUUUGAUGUCGUCAAGGAGGACCGUGUAUUGCAACACUUGAAUCGACCACUAGAGGCAGUGCAAGAAAUGCUACGGGUGACAAAGCCUGGAGGGGGCCUGGUGAUUGCCAAUCCUGAUUUUCGAUCCUUCGUGAUGGAUCACAUAGCCUCGCCACAGCAACGAUGGGGACAGAGUCUGCGCCCCCCAGAAGGAAAUGACCGGGACAUGUUUCAGUUGACUACCAAAGUGUUGAAUGGUGUUGUGCCCACUCUUUGUGCUCAUCCAUCGAUUGGGAGUCAAAGUCCGCGCUUGUUGCAUGCCGCCGGUUGUGACAAAAUUGAAAUGCAGGUUGUUCCUCUAGUUUUUGAAGGACGUGAAAGUUUAGAGAGGGUGGUCCCAAUCACGUACAUGGCACAGCUCUCACAUGCCAAUGGUGCCAUUACCACCGAGGAAAUGGAGGCAUGGUUGCAUCGUUUGGAAUGGGAAGAAUCCGUGGCUAAAAAUGUCUUGACGGGGACACUUAACAUGUACCUUGUCCGAGGAAUCAAGCCAAGCAUUGAUGAUUCUGAUCAACGAGACUGGUCCUAUAGCAUUGGAACCAAGUUUUUUGAAAACUUGAAGUCCCCCAAACCCAAGCUGGAUUCCUCCAUUCGGUUUGCAGGACUAGAUGACACCUCUAAGCUGAUUGAACAAGCAAGAACCAUGGUCAACAAUGAGUACGCCACGUCGGACACCGGCACUACGUUAAGUUCCGAACGCUUGCGCCCACAGGACAUUCAACAGAUGGUAGCUGAUAACGAAUUGUUGCUUGCGUUUGAUGAUGACAACGAAGGACAAUUGGUUGGAUGCAUUCAGGUCAAGUUGAAACGGGCCACUUCCAAAGAUGAUGGGCUUCCAAGCUUUGGUCGAGACGCCGCCGAGAUUGUGGGUGAGUUCACCUGCCUGGCAGUCCCUUCCAACAUUGAAGCCAGUGUGACCAACGCCAACACGCAGUCGGUGACAAUUCAAAGGACGGAAUCGGGCAACAGCCGCCGAGGCCAGGGUGUUGGUGCCGCGCUCGUCCGGGCAGCUGAAGCUCAUGCACGCAAUCAUGGAGCAGGUCGCAUGACUCUGGGCAUCAUGUGCCCUGCAGAUCAUGAACCACCCUACAAGGUCUGGUUGCAAGACUACUAUCGAAGUUUGGGUUAUGACUACCAUUCGACGGUUGUGCUAGACUUUGAGAAAAACUCGGAGGGACAAGUAGUUGUGGAUCAGUUGCACGACAUGUACGAGCCAUUGCAUCAGCUUGUCCAAUGCAAGGCAAUCCUCUUUGACAAAGUUCUCUAA